AUGUCAGCUACUGCUAGUAUUACUGCACCGGUUCAAUUAUGUCGAAGGUUGUUUGGUGAACCUGUAUCAUGUAUACGUAUUCAGCAAACUUUGGAGACAAUUAUACGUAAAGAUUUAGACCGUUUCCAAAAUAAAUGGAACUUUCAACCACCCAAUACUGUAUUAGAGAACAAAAUUCGGAAACCACUUUCUGUACAUCAAUUACAUAGUGGAAAUUUACGGACAAAUUCUACAAAUGAAUUCAUUUUAGAACCUGUCCAAUCACCUCCAAGUUUCUAUAUAAAAUCUCCGCGUAAAUUAAAAGCAUUUCGACGUCUUCCAGUGUCAGUAGCGCAAAAAACACGCAUGGAACUCUAUAAAAAGUCUACAAAUAGUGAACUCAGAAAUUUCACUUAUUCGUUUAAUUCAUCAUAUAACCUAUCUAAUACUGAUACUUUACUAAAUGAUAAUCAAAAAUCUGAAAUGAACUUUCCUUCAACGACAAAGUCAACUAUCUCAAUAACUCUGAAUCAACCAUCGCCAACAUCAUCAUCAACACCAUACAAAUUCGGCAACAUAUCACAAGUUACUGAAAAGUUAUCAGAAAUAACAACGACAACAUUACCUGUGAAUCCAAUUAUUAUCCGUUCAGAUAAUAGUAGUAACAAUACAAUGUUACCAUCAAGUUCGAAUCCCUGUUCUCAACAUUCAGUUAAACUGAUAAAACCUGAUCGAUUAAGUUUAAAGAAAUCUGGGCCUAAAGUAACAGAUUAUUUUGCUAAAGAAACAAAAACAAUAAAGAAGUUCACUUCGUUGAAUAAUGAGAAUGCAUUUGAAAAAUUGGAUAAUAACUUUUUUUCAAUGAUUUAA